GGUAAAAAAGUAUAACAAAUACUAGUUUUCGACAAAAAAUUCGGCACUGCCUUUGUCUUAACUUGAUAAAAACCAUUGAUGUUACUAAUUUUAGAGAUUUAUUUAAAUUAAAACCUUUUUCGAUGUGCUUUGCUUUCUUGCGCUUUGCUUUUUUCGGUGAAGCAGUACCCACCCUGAUAAAGUACAGCUUUUCCCUUCUCUACCGUCUUUCCGGAAAACUCCCGACGACGAGCCGGUGUUCUUUUCCGUGGGACGUGGGUCAGCGGCGGCACUAACCGUCGACAGAUCCGCUGGAAAAUUCAUUUUCGUCGCUUCAUCACAUAAUAAAAGAAUGUACCGCAUUCCCGGCCUGCUGCGCGGCCCGGCCGCCCGGCAACUCACCCGCUGCUUCGCCAAGGACGUCCGCUUCGGCGGCGAUGUGCGCGCCUCGAUGCUGCAGGGCGUCGACGUUCUGGCCGACGCCGUGGCCGUCACCAUGGGACCCAAGGGCCGCAACGUGAUUCUGGAGCAGUCGUGGGGCUCUCCGAAAAUCACCAAGGACGGUGUCACGGUGGCGAAGGCCAUCGAGCUCAAGGACAAGUUCCAGAACAUUGGCGCCAAGCUGGUGCAGGACGUGGCCAAUAACACCAACGACGAGGCGGGCGACGGCACCACGACGGCCACCGUGCUGGCGCGCGCCAUCGCCAAGGAGGGCUUCGAGAAGAUCAGCAAGGGCGCCAACCCCACCGAGGUCCGCAAAGGCGUGAUGCUGGCGGUCCAGGCGGUGGUCGCCAACCUGAAGAACAUGUCGAAGGCGGUGACCACGCCCGAGGAGAUCGCCCAGGUGGCCUCCAUCUCCGCCAACGGAGAUAAGACCAUUGGAGAUCUCAUCUCCAGCGCCAUGAAGAAGGUGGGCCGUGACGGCGUCAUCACCGUCAAGGACGGCAAGACGCUGCACGACGAGCUGGAGGUGAUCGAGGGCAUGAAGUUCGACCGCGGCUACAUCUCGCCAUACUUCAUCAACUCCAGCAAGGGCGCCAAGGUGGAGUACCAGGACGCGCUGGUGCUGCUCUGUGAGAAGAAGAUCUCCAACAUCCAGCAGAUCAUCCCCACACUGGAGCUGGCCAACACGGCGCGCAAGCCGCUGGUCAUUAUCGCCGAGGACGUGGACGGAGAGGCGCUCACCACCCUGGUGGUCAACCGGCUCAAGAUCGGCCUCCAGGUGGUGGCCGUGAAGGCUCCCGGCUUCGGCGACAACCGCAAGAACACGCUGCAGGACAUGGCCAUCGCCACGGGCAGCAUCGUCUUCGGCGACGAGGCCUCCACCAUCAAGCUGGAGGACGUGCAGCUGUCUGACCUGGGUCAGAUCGGCGAGGUGCAGAUCACCAAGGACGACACGCUCAUGCUGAAGGGCCGCGGCAACAAGACCGAUAUCGAGCAGCGCUGCGUCCAGCUCAAGGACCAGAUCGAGGAGACCAACUCCGAGUACGAGAAGGAGAAGCUGCAGGAGCGACUGGCGCGCCUCGCCUCGGGCGUCGGUGUGCUCAAGGUCGGCGGAUCCAGCGAGGUGGAGGUGAACGAGAAGAAGGACCGCGUGACGGACGCGCUGAACGCCACCCGCGCCGCCGUCGAGGAGGGUAUCGUGCCCGGCGGCGGCGUGGCCCUGCUGCGCUCGGCGACCGCGCUGAGCGCCCUCCAGCCGACCAACGAGGACCAGAAGACCGGUGUGGAGAUCGUGCGCCGGGCACUGCGCAUGCCUCUGCAGACGAUCGCAGCUAACGCCGGCGUAGACGCAGCCGUGGUGGUGGCGCGCGUGCAGGAUGCCCAGCCGGAGAUCGGCUACGACGCGCUUAACGACGAGAUGGUCAACAUGAUGGAGCGCGGCAUCAUCGAUCCCACCAAGGUGGUGCGGACCGCGCUGACGGACGCCGCCGGUGUGGCCUCGCUCCUCACCACCGCCGAGGCGGUCGUCUGCGAGGUGCCCAAGGAAGACAAGGCCGACGCCAUGGGCGGCGGAAUGGGUGGCAUGGGAGGUAUGGGCGGCAUGGGUGGAAUGGGCGGCAUGGGCAUGUAAAAGCACACGCCAGUCGCUCUUUGAUAUCUCAUCUGUCAUUGGAAAGUGCCGCUUAUCGACUGUAGCCAUGUGAUAGGGUUCGUGAGACCAUCGGGCAGUGGGCGACGCCAGGACCUCCGCUCCCAUCUUGAUUUUGCAUAUAGUGUGUGCAAAGUGUUUGUAUAAGCCGUUUUGCCACGUUGGUUGUCUUGUACUUCCCAAGUUUUUGCGCCGCAUACAGAGUAACAGUCUGAAUGAAACAUUUUCUUGACGAUUUAUGGGUAACUGUAACACACGUGUUUGGCGGCCUCUGCACCAGUGUAUAUUGUUAUUUGUGUCUGACCGUGCCUAGUGCCGGUCUCCGGAAAUACGUCAGUAAGUGUGAAUGGGAGGGCGCCAGUGCCACGUCACGGCGCCCGGUACACCCACGGGUGGUACCUGUACCAGUGUAUAUCUCGUUAAUUCGUGUCUGACCGUGCCUAGUGCCGGUCCCGGAAAGUAAUCCAAGAAGUGUGAAUGGGACGGCAGUCCAGUGCGGCGUCACGGCGCCCGGUAUACUCACGUGCAAUGGGGACACCAGUGAACGAGUGAGUGCGCGUGAGCACGGCGACGGGCGCAGUGUGGAGUUCAGCAAGUCAGUGGAAGCAGUCGUUCGAGUCUGCCUUAUAGCGGCAUUUUUUCGUAGAGUUGUUACGGUGUAUAUUGUCUCAUGACCAUGUGUGCUCUGCGCGGGCCAGUGCUGUGUGCGUGUGAGCUCGGCGCGCGGGUCGGCGGCCGGCCCCGGUCCCGGGCGGUUAUAUCACGGCAGGCCUGCUCGCCCGGGCCCGGCGCCGCCCGCCGACCGACGCGGUGCCGACCAGCCAUCAACAUCCAUCGUGUAUCAAACUGCCGAUCGUGCGGCUCGACACCUAAAUACAUAUUUUGUACCGCA